AUGUCCAAGGACCGUCGAACGAGUGUGGACGCGGUGCAAGCUGCCGCUGCCAUGGCGCACUCGCCCACCAUGCAUCGCCAUACGGCCUCAGACACGGGCGACAUGUUCUCCCGGCGCUCCAGCAGAGCCCUGAGCUUCUCGAGCGACCGCCCCUCGGUCGCGAGCUCUGUAACCUUCCAGAUGCCCACCACGGUGCGCCCACUGCCUGCCUACAUUGCCGCCUCGGUCGCGUCCCAGAUGGUGACGGACAACCACAACGCGCAACUGCGCCACGCCGACUCUGAACACGAAGAGCUGGAGAACGCAAUCUUCUCGGACCAAGCGCUCUCGCUGCUCAACGGCUUCCUCGACCACUUACUGUUCGCCUUUCUCUCCACCGCGCGCUCGCCGUCCCUGGCCGCCACCCGCCCGGCCAUGUCCGAGGUGCUGAAGCCGCGCCUGGCUCGCGAAGCAGCAGAAGCCGCCGACGAGGAGCUCCAGGGCUUGCUAUCAGGCGAGGAUGACGACGAGUCCUUUCCAAUCGACAGUGAUAGGGCCAUCGACCGCUGGGACGUGGAGAAGGUGUGGAAGCGCACGCGUCUACGCAUCAUGGUCUACACACGUCUGGGCGAAAUGGAGGACGAGGACGAGGAGCGCUAUGUCCAACAGGAGCGUGGACUGAGCAUGGACGAGGAUGGAGACGAAGAGGCUGGCCUCGUCUCAUGGGCUUCUGCCAUCUUCCUCACUUCUGUUGUGGAAUACAUCGCCGAGCAAACGCUGCUCAUUGCGGGGCAGGCAGCCUACGCUCGCAUGGCAUCGAGGUCCAAGAAGUCUCAGCACGACCAGGAUGCCGACGACCUGGCUCUGGAACGACUGGUCAUCGAGGAGCCUGAUGUCGAGAAGAUCGCCCUGAACUCGGCACUCGGCCGAUUGUGGAGGACCUGGAGGAAACGCGUGCGGUCUUCUGUCCUGCCGCUCUCCCCAAAUCGCGGCAUCCGGCCCAACUCCAGCUACGCCAGUCUUCACGGACGUAGAGGCAGCCAAGCUGCAGCAGACGACUCGUAUUAUGUUGAACCGACCCCCAUCUCUGACCGGGCUCCCUCCGAGACCGACAUCGCGGCCAACAUACCACUGCCAAUCACCGCAAGGGAUAUUGAUGAGAUUGAAGUGCCCGGCCUCGCUCGGACUUAUGAGAAUGCCGAAAGCAGCGGUACGCAAACGCCAGUGUCGUCACGACCUCAACGCCCGAGCAGUGUCAUCGUGCUUGCUUCUGCCGAGAACUUCCGAAGAAGGCACAACGUAGAGCGGCCGACCUCGAUGCCUGGCCCAGAAGCCUUACCCUUAGUUGUGCCUUCGCGAUCCCGCAUGGAUGAGAAGGAGGAGGGAGAGGAAAACCAACUCGAAACGCCCUUCGAAACGCCAAUGACAAGUACCUUUGACCGUAGCCCCUACAUCGGUGAUCAGAACAGGAUAGAGCCAUCACUUUUGCUGCACAAAGGUGAAGGAAAUGCCCACGAUGCUAUGUUAGCUGCCGCUCUGGCCACAUCCCCGAAGGAUGACCAGGAUCAAAGUGGUGUAGAGCCUGAUACGCCCACCUCAGUGAUGACCACCUCCUCGGAUACCUAUGAUGUGGAGCCAAAAGUCUUGCAGUCGAAGAGGAUGUCAAUUGGGAAAAGCGGUCCUCCGGGCAUUGUCCGUACCUUCUCCACGCGAAGCUCUAGCCUGAAGUCGCCAAGGGAGACGCCCACAGCAACACCGACAGCUCCGACUCAUGCUGAAGCAAGAUCUUACCUCGACGAUCACUCUGAAGGUGAAGAGAUUGAAGGACCACAAGCUAUUGGCGUGGCACGAACGUCAGAUGUGCCUAUUCGAUCGUCGCCUACGCCUUCUGUCGAGCCAUGGACGGAGCGAGCCAAGGUUGUAUCGGCACAGGGUGGAUAUGUCGAGGUUCAGCCCACACCUCGAUCCGUACCAUUACGCAACACGCCCACACCUGACUCCAAGCCCAUCAUACCUGAGCGCUCUGUCGCACGAAAUGAUGUUCUCAAACGUGCAGGCCCUAACGUUGGAAGUGCAGGUCUAGCUACCCUGGCAGGUACUGCAAGUCCACCACGAAGGCGUGAUGCAACUCCUCCGACAUCAGGGCGUACGUCGCUACCUUCUCUGCAAGAAGUCGAGUACUGCAAGCCUCAGCAGACAGUCGCUAGUGAGCAGACAAUGCGCCGAAACAGCCCUACGUUCAGCAACCGUAGCCGUACACAAAGCCCGCAUCUCGCGCGUGAUGUCGCUGUGGCAAUGGCCGGACAGCAAGGGUCUCGUCAUUCUACUGAAGAAACCUUGCGUUCACCAUCUGCUGCAGCAGGAUCGAUUGUGGAGAAGCCAGGCGUUAAACGCGUAGGCUCGACUUCCUCAAAGAAAUCGGGCAGUAUCUCUCGCUUACCCAACCCGCGCGACUCUGAUCCUCAACUGUCGCGCAAUCUUAGCGGACGCAUGUCUGAAGAAGACAUAGAGCGCCAAUUCGAGGAGCUCGUGCAGGGUAAGGAGACUGUCAAGUACACUCUGACACCUGAAAACAUGCGUGCUUUAGAUGAGUCGCCUGCUGCUGUUCGGAAAGCAGAGCCUGAGCGCCCUUCCAAUCCCUCCGUGACGGUGUACCCUCGUGACGAUGCCCACAAAGACCACGCAUUCGGUGCAAAUGCGCUACCCACCAAAUCUACGAGCAAGGGCAGGGUUCCUGGAGCUCCGCAUCACAAGCCUUCACCAAGCAGAAAAGUCAUCACAAGACCACUUGCCAGGGAGCCGCGCGUCGAGUCGGAGUCCAUGCGAGACUUUGCUGACUUUAUUCGGUCGACUGGUCCUUCACCAGGCCAGGAGAAGGCUGUCCAGCCUUUUGUCAACAUCAGUGGCAAUGGCCUCAAAUCGGCGGAUGGCUCUUCGGCUUCUAUUGGGCGGAAGUCAUCCACCAAACAUUUAAGCUCUCGUAACCUAGAUGGUCCAACGGCCAGACCCCGUGUGAACAUGGAACCACGCAGUCCGGCUGGCCUCAGCACUGGCAACGAUGACCUGAUAGACUUCAUUCGUCAAGGACCUCCGAACGGUCCAGAGGGGCAACCUAGGAUUCCACGAUCAGUCGCUCCGUUCCGCUCCACCGUUGACUCGGACCAGUUCGAGACUAUGCUGGGAGAUCAUGGUAAUGUCGAAUCAGCGUAUGGUUCCAAGGCUUCGACGCUCGACUCGCAGCACUCAAUCCAGACUUCCAACUCGAAGACCGGACUCAUUGCUCCACCAAACGUAGUACAGCCAGCUUACUCGAAUACACCGCAAAAGCUGUCAGGUAGCAUGACGUCGAGUUCGGAGCCUGUGAUCACGCGCACUCGACGACGCAUCAAGGACCCUUACGCGAUCGAUUUUUCAGAUGAGGACGACGAAGACGAAGACCAACUAACCGCCCUUCCGGCAUCCAACAAACCCCCUGCGCCGAGACAGGAGAGCCUCAUGGACUUCCUUAACGAGAUGGAACCGCCUUCUGCCCCGUCUGCCAGCAAACCUCAGCCUUUCAUGCUCAGCCAGGAAACUAUCGCUGCUGCCAAGGCCCGGGCGAACAGCUCGACCUCAUCAGUAUCAUCUUCGGCAACCGCAACACGCAGCAACGGUGGGAGCAACGGCGCUGCACCACCCAUGGGCUUCCCAUCUUCGAGCGGCGCGGAGACUACGCGCGCCCAUAAGCCUAGAGUUGCAGCUCGCGCACCCGUAGUGGGAGACGUUAGAGCAAAUCGAUCCACAACGAGCGAGCUUGCCGACUUUUUGCGUAACUCUGGGCCUCCCGAGCCCGUAGGGCCUCCACCCGGUGCGAGGAAAGAAGAAGAGAAGAAGAAAAGUAGCAACAUGAAGUUCUGGAGGAAGAACAAGGAGAAGACGUACGGUGACUUGCCAUGA